UCCAGUGUGUUUAUUAUGUGUGUGUGUGUGUGUGUGUGUGUCGCUGUGCUUAGUGCUGCAGAAGCAUCCUUCCUUCUUCUGUGCUUUAUAUACAGUCUCAUAGCAUGUUCACUCAUUUCUAAAAAGCCAGCAGUUCACAUUCAAAUGCAACAACAGUAAUAUUUAAUUGAUAUUAAUAAUAUUAACAUUUUGUUUAAAAGAGUAGAAUCACCUGUAACAACUUUGCUCUAAAAACCUGUACAGCAUUGAGCAAUGUCAAUCAAAACCAUCAAUCAUUUGGUGUGGAAAUAUAGUUUAAUUAAACACAUAAUUCACCCAUUCACACACUGAUAGCUGGGGGUACCAUGCAAGGUGCCACCUGCCCAUCAGGACUAUCUUAUCAUUCACACACCAAGUGUCUUGCCCAAGGACACAUCGACGUGAACUAGAUGAGCCGGGGAUCGAUCUGCAGAUCUUCUGAUUAAAGCAACUGCUAACAGACUUUCCUGCUCAGUCCGUACAGAUUCUUGCAGUGAUAAAAACUCUCUAAAAUGUGAAGGAAAUGUGUGUACCUCAGCAGCAGGCUUCGAAAGAUAUGAAUCUGUCCUUAUCUGUCCAGGUGCGCGCCCUUCCUAAGACCUACACCAUAAACUCCGUAUCAAUCGAGGACACCAUCAACCUGCUGGCUGCUCUGGGUCAGAUCCGAUCUCUGCUGAGUGUCCGUAUGGGAAGAGAGGAGGAGAAACUAAUGAUCAGAGGGCUGGGUGAUAUUAUGAACAACAAGGUGUUCUACCAACAUCCUAACCUGAUGAGAGCUCUGGGGAUGCAUGAGACUGUCAUGGAGGUCAUGGUCAACGUGCUCAGUGGAGGAGACUCCAAGGUAUGAAGUAUGUAUGAGCUGCAGAGCCAGAAAAAGGCAGAAUGUCGACAGAGACCAGGACCAGCUUAGCUGAAUCACAAGCUCCUGUCUCUCUUUACGUUUUGUGGAGAUGUGGUUGAUCUCUUGUAUGUUUGUGUUUGGUUCAGCCUUGUCUCAAUAGAGAUGCCUUGAUGGGAAGAUAUUUUAUUUGGCGUACUGUAAAUGUGUCACAUGUUUUCAAAAAUAGCUUUUUGAAUAACUUUUUUUUCUGAAAGAGCAUUUAACAUUUAACAUAAAUUGGUAAUACACCAUUAUUGAAAAUAUGUCAUUUAUAACUAGAAAAUGCAUUUCCUGCUGAAAAUGCGUUGGAAUGCUGAAAGCUGAAAUUAA